AAUCAGGCGGCUCGGGGAGGCUGGGCUCGCCGGGGGCAGCGCAGACGCGGCUGAGCAACUUCUUGCAGAAGCUCAGAGCAGACGCACACCCACUCGCCUGGCCAGAUAGCAACGCCGAGAUCUAUGCAAUCCACCGGCCAGUUAGCAAUGCAGAAGAGACCGAUGCAAUCUACCGGCCAGAUAGGGUCUGUGCAAUCUACCGGCCAGUUAGCAAUGCAGAGAUCUGUGCAAUCCACCUCCUCCGACAGCGAACUGGACAUUGACGAUGAGAAAGGGAGCAGGAAGGGAUCUCAUCCCGGGAAGCCGGCCGCUGUUUCCAGGAAGCAGGCACGGAGGAAGAGGCGUGGGAUCGUGGAGAAGCGGCGCCGAGAUCGCAUUAACCACAGUCUGUCCGAGCUCCGCCGUCUGGUUCCCUGCGCCAGCGAGAAACAAGGAUCAACGAAACUGGAAAAAGCGGAGAUACUGCAAAUGACCGUGGAUCAUCUAAAGGUCCUUCACACCAGCCGUGGGAGAGGUUACAUGGAAACUCCGGAGCUUGCUACUGACUACGGGGUGCUGGGAUUUCGGGAAUGUUUGUGGGAAGUAGCCCGGUACCUGAGUGUCACAGAGGGACUGGGCCGCUCCGACACUCCGCAGUCCCGCCUGGUGUCGCAUCUGAGCACGUGCGCGUCGCAGAGGGAGGCCGCCACGUUGGAGUCGCAGCGUCAGCGCUGGAGCGCGGGGUGCGCGCGCCAAGCCGCCAUGUCUCGCGUCCGGGCGGGGAUCCUGGCCGGCCUCUUCCCCACCGUCAGCUGCCUCCGUCUGGAACAGUUCAGGAGGAUGUCCCCCCUCCCCGCCGGCCGUGUGCUCCCAAUGCUGACCAACACGGAGCCAGCGCCACCACUAGCGACGGCAGCAGCGACCCCCUCCCGGCUGUUGCCAGCUCCAGCGGCCACAUCGCAACUCCAAGCCGUUAAAAUCGGGCAACAUCUCUGGGCCACCGCAGUCGGCGCUUUUUAAUGCCGGCGUUUAAUUAUUAAACGAUUAUGACAACGUU